GUUUUGAAAUGGUUUCUCAAUUUUCGUUAGUUAGUAUGCAUUUAGUAGAUUUAGGAGUCACUAAAAACUUGCUUAAGCUUUUAGUUAAUAAGAAGAAUGCAGUAGAUAUUAAUAAAAUGAUAUGUUUUGUAGCAAAAUAUGUUCCAUCAGAAUUUCGUCGCACACCUAUGAGUUUAGAUGAAAUUAGUAAUUGGAAAUCGACUAAAUUUAGGCAGUUUUUGCUUUAUACCGGUAUUUAUAUUUUGAAAGAUUGUGUUAGCAGUGAUCAGUAUUAUCAUUUUUUUGUUGUUACAUAAUGCAAUAAGGCUUCUGUCCAGUGAAAUGUCCCAUGUUAGAGAGGCAGAUAUUUCAAGACAUUUUGGAUGUAUUAAAAAUAAUACUUGAGGGACAAAAGGCGAUAAAUGAGCGGCUGGAUAAACUCGAACAAUAUCAAACCGACAUUAAAACAAACCAAAGUGUUUUGAGUAACGGCCAAAAUUCAAUUGUCGCUAAUCAACAGCAAAUUGCCGACAAAUUGCUUUGUAUUGAAGCAAAUAAUAUGUCUAAACCGGAAAUGAUGGCACAGUCCAAACUUUUAAUGGAGUGCAAGGUGACCAUCAAGAAAGUUGAAACCUCUAUAUGCCGUAUGACUGGCGAAGUUAAAGACGAAAUCGCCGCAAUGCUUCCCUUAAGGACCAUUGAGGUGGUGCAGGAAGUCGAAGGAAAACUUCUUACUCCGGAGUUUGCUCAAGCUAUGAAAACAUAUUUACAUAAAGUAAAAGGAGCGUCAGAAGAUGUCAGCAGAGUCAUCCGUGGUUUAUUAACGGAUGAUCUGCUCGAAAAAUACAAUUGGGAACUAUUUUUAUUUGACAAUAUUCUUCGAGAUGUUUUUCAAAAACAAGGAGCUUCCGAUUUCGAAAAAAGGACGCAGCCACCACAGAAAAAUGAUACAGCCCAUUUGAAAAAGAUGGGAGGUAUUAUUGCUGAUGUUAUGCAAUGUCAGCUUCUCUUAAGAUAA